AUGGCCUCAUAUUCCAUUCUAGAUUUGUUCCGCAAUUCCGUUCAAAGGAGCCCUUCCCAAAUUGCGGUAGAAGAUGGGAAGGACUUUAGCUUGUCAUAUCAUCAGUUGGAUCUCGAUUCUUCAAGACUAGCCAGUCGUCUCUGCAAUGUUGGCAUCGAGAGACGAAAACCAAUUCCGUUGUUAGCAAGUUCUUGCGUUGAUAUGGUGGUUGGCUUGCUUGGGAUCCUCAAGGCUGGUGCAUCUUAUGUGCCCAUCGACCGCGCUCAAUGGCCCCAAGAGAAAAUCGAUUAUGUUCUCAACAGAGUGGAAGCAAAUGUGAUUGUAUACACUGGAGAUCAGCCUGAGGUCAGGAGUCGGCAGGUCAAGUGUGUUUCCGUUGAAAGUGUAAAAGACUGGGACGCAAGUGAGAACGCCGCUGUCUCUCGGUGCGACGAUUGCCAGACAGACACAAUGUGCGUUAUAUUCACCUCUGGGACAACCGACAAACCAAAAGGAGUGGUUUUGACACAUUAUUCGGUAAUGAACCUCGUUUCUUCUCCACAUUUUAAUUUCGGAGUGUUGCCUGGUAAUCGCGUGCUUCUUGUACUCUCUAUCGCGUUUGACGCCUUUAUGGGUGCACUCUUCAGUACCCUCUGUAAUAGCGGAACAGUGAUUCUUGGAAAUCCACACAAUCUGCAAGAUCGUGCAGAAACAGCCAACAUUUUUGCCGUCACGCCCUCCAUCCUCGAUGCGUUGACUCCGCCAAGUGGUAAUUGCCAUUACCCCAGACUUCUAAGGAUUGUGCUAGGAGGCGAGACUCCGCCGCAGAAACUCAUCACAGACUGGCGGAAAACGAGUUCAGAUAUCUGGAUUGCCUAUGGGCCAACAGAGGCUACAUGUACCAUCUUGACAGGCGCCCUUCAGACACAUAGCAAGACCGGAAUGCAUUAUACCACUCGACUAGGCCAAUGCAUUCCAUCGUCCUCUGUCAUGCUAGUUGACCAGAAUAUGCAGCUGAUCAAUGAAGUCGGCGUGGAAGGCGAGAUGUUUGCUGCGGGUCGGUGCCUUGCGAGUGGGUAUUGGGGCGACGACAAGUUGACCAAGGAAAAGUUCAUUAUGUACCAGGGGGAGAAAGUAUAUCGCACUGGUGAUAUGGCCAAAUGGGCCCUUACAGAUUCGGGCUCUCGAGAGUUGGAAUUCCUUGGUCGAAGGGACAGAAUCACCAAGAUUCGAGGAUUUCUCGUCAAUCUCGGACAGGAUGUUGAUGCCAAGAUUCUGCAGCUUGAUGAUCGCCUCAACUUCUCGUUCUCACUUCUCUUUCAUGGUCGUCUAGUCUCAGUGGUUGGUCCAAAUGCUGUCAACACAACUAGUCUGCUUGCCAAGUGGAAGACGAAUGCUCCAGCUUACAUGGUCCCGGACCACCUCCUGGUCCUGGAAUCCCUUCCGACGAUGAAUGGCAAGACUGAUGUAAAGACUUUGAAAACAAUCAUCCAGGAAUCUGUUGGCUCAACGAUAGAGGAUCCCAUAUCUGCUACCUCAACACUCAACGAAGCUGUCAUGACAGCUUUAUCUCAAGUAGCUAGCCUUUCGAUUGACCGGAUCGACGUCAAGCAAUCUGCGAUUAGCUACGGAAUCAACUCCUUGGCUGCUAUCAAGAUAUCUUCGCUGUGUCGUCAAUACGGGUUUACAGUUCCUGUGCAGCACGUUCUCUUAGAGCCAUCCAUCCAAGCAUUGAUCGAUCGGUGUAACGAGCAGAGAUUACUUGUUCCCGUGCAUGGUCCCAAUGUUCAGUGUCAGCGAGAUUCAAAAAUUACACCACUUCAGAAGGCCCUUCUGUUAGCUACCAUGGACAAUCAUGAGAUGAACUAUGUGCAACAGCUUUCACAUUAUGCUACGGCUGAUAUCCACCGGAUCAAAAAGGCAUGGGAGGCUGUCGUCUCCGUUGAGCCAAUUUUUCGCACGUCUUUCAGCUGGGCGACAAAGGAGCCUAUCCAGAAGGUGCAGCCACAAGCUACAUUCAUCUGGGAAGAGACAUCGGUGAAAUCUCAUCGUGAUAUUCAGGUGGCCUUGCAGGGAUUAAUCAGCCGUGCCGACCUGGGUAGUAAUUUUGCAGUUCUGCACUACGAAGGCAGUGAGCUCAGCAGAGGUCAAAGCACAGUGGUGUGGACUGUGCAUCACGCCUUGGUGGACGGCUUUUCGGCAUCCCUGCUGUUCCAGAAAGUGGAUGCUGCCCUUGAAGGUAGACCCCUCGAAGGCUCUCUCCCAUUCACAGUGGCGGCGCAGGAUAUGGAGCACCUACGGCGUGCAACAUAUACAGAGAUCCAGAAAUUUUGGAGUGAUCGUGAGGCACUCUUUUCUGAUGCAUGUGGCGAUAUAGCAUCUCCCAACACCAGCCUCACCUCCCGGCAACCUGGUCAUGCUCAGGUUUCCGUGCCCGACAAUGUAGAUCGGGACAAAGUCAUAGAAUACGCCUGCACUGUGAAUGUAACCCCAGCGGCCAUCUUUAACGCCGCAUGGAUACUGCUUCUCACAACCUACACCAAUUCGGACACAAUCGUGUACGGAAGUGUCUUCUCAGGCCGCAGUCUUCCCUUCGCAUGGGUGGAUACCAUGAUAGGGCCUUUGAUACAAACUUUGCCUGUUCUUGUUCAGGUUGACAGGUCCUUGUCUGCCGAGAGAUUCUUGCAGCAGAUUCAUCGUGAAAUUCAAGGCCUUGCCACCAUUCACGUGUCAGAAAUUCCAUCUAACAUACCAGCAUUUUCCACCACCGUUGCCGUUCAAGAUGGUGGGUUGAGAAAGGGAAUAACAGCCAUGAAGUGCCUCCAAGAGCCGUCAUUCCAAAACACUGCAAACAUUCCCCUAAACCUUGUUAUCAAUCCGGAUGGAGGCAUCAGCCUCUUCUAUCGGACCGAAAGGUUUUUACCAAGUCAAGUGCAAGACAUGGCAGAUAUCUACGGUAGCAUCUUGCACUCCCUCGUUCACGGCCAGUCCUCUGUGCAGCAGUGUCUCGACUCAAAGUUUCCCCCACAUAUGCGCGAGAAGAUAUUGGCAGCAGGGAACGGUAGUUCAACCUCCAGCUUCACACGCAAUGCGGGGCAAACUAUCAGCAGUCUGUUCCAAUACUCAGCCUGGCAACAUGCUCCUGAAUUCUCCAUUCAAGCAGCCGGGGACACGUUGACAUAUACUCAACUGGCUGAACGUGUGGAUAAAAUCGCGAACAUCAUUGCUUUCCUGUGCCCCGCUGGGGCAGUCGUUGCAGUUCUGGCAGACAGAUCUAGCAACUGGAUCGUGGGAAUGCUCGCUGCAAUGCAAGCCGAUACGAUUUAUUGCCCGGUGGACUCAUCGUACCCUGAGGAAUACCGUGCUCAGCUACUUGAACGCAGCGGUGCUAGGAUUUUAUUACUUCCGGAUACUUCGCACAUGGAAAGAACUGGACCACAUGGUCCUCUCACUCUAGCGAUUGACCAUCUGCUGAGAGACAACAUCAAGCCAGCGGAUUGUCAAACCAGGUUACCACACCCUAGUUCCACGGCUUAUCUAUGUUUCACUUCUGGAUCCACUGGCCAGCCCAAAGGAGUGCUGUGUAGGCAUCGGGGCGUUGUCGCCCUUUAUUCCUGCACGGCCGCUCGGCCCACAAGCCGUCCUGGCACACGAAUCAGUCAAAUGCUCUCUCCAGGGUUCGAUGGCUGUAUUCACGAGAUUAUCUCGACCCUUUGUUUUGGAGGUACUUUGGUACUGCCCCGAGGAAAGGAUGAUAAAUUCUCUCACCUCUUAGAUGCGGAAGUAGCAAUACUUACCCCUUCUCUGGCUGCGGAGCUCGACCCGCGAGACUACCCUAACUUGAAAUCGAUUCAUUUCGGCGGGGAACCUGUGCCAGAGGCUUUGGUCGAACGGUGGGGUUCAAACAAAGAGCUUUAUAAUAUCUAUGGACCCACAGAAGCUUCCCUUCUGGUCUGCCAUCAUCCUCUGAAGCCGGGCAUUCCAGUGACCCUCGGGCGCCCUUUGCCAUCAGCACGCCUAUACGUUCUCAACAACCACUUAGAGCUACAACCCACACUGACGAUUGGAGAAAUAUAUAUCGCUGGGGUCCAGAUCUCCCGCGGAUACCUUGGAAUGGAAAAAAAGACAUCGGAAGAAAUUAUACCUGAUCCGUUUUCCAUGGGCUCAGACCAAGAAAUGAUGUAUCGCUCUGGGGACAUUGGCUUCUGGGAUGAGCAGGGAAACUUGCAUUGCUGUGGUCGAGACGAUCGGCAGGUCAAACUUCGAGGAUAUCGGAUCAACUUGGACGACAUCCCAGAAGUUGUUUAUCGGACAAUGCCCUCGGUCUCCAAGGCCGUCGCAGUCACAGAGAACGGCGCUGUUGUGCUCUGGGUUGAGCCAGAAAUCGAUACAGAGACAUUGAGACGUGAGCUGGUCGUAGCGUUGCCACCUCAUUCAGCCCCAAAAAAUAUUCACUCCAUGAGGAAGCUGCCUCGAACACAAAAUGGUAAAAUUGACCUUAAGGGACUAGUCGCAAAGAAUCACGUCGACCUCCCUCCCAAGUCGAUUCAGCCGUUGAAUUCUCUAGAGGAGACCCUCGCAGGCAUCUGGAGACAAUUGUUGGCAUUAGACCCCACGAGGCAUAUAUCAAACGCAGAUGAUUUUGCUGUUCUUGGAGGUCAUUCUCUCCUCCAGCUUGCCCUGGCUGCUCGCAUCAAGAGCCUUUUUAACAUCCCAAUUACCGUCAAAGAUAUCAUCUCCGCAUCCACACUCCGAGAUCUAGCUCAUCUAAUUCAGACUCAGGGUGAGUCACAGCUACGCAGCACAUCUUUGGCAUUACCGGAAACUCAGGCCCAGCCGCUUGGUUCAGAGGCUCCUUCCCCAGCAGAGAUCGAAUGGAUACAUCGCUACCAACAUUCACAGACAACAUCGAGCUUCAAUGUACCUUACGUUGCGGAGCUCUCGAAUGAAGUUGACAUCCAAAAGCUGGCUUCUGCGCUCCAGAUAGUCUUUAAUCGCCAUCGAAUUUUGCGUUCCAGGUUUAUGACCCUGGAAGGCAAGGUGCUUCGUUCAAUUUCAACCAACUUGAUCACAGUGCCUGUCGUGGAACAAGUUGACGUCGCAGAGUACAUCAACACGCCAUUCGAUCUUCAGAAAGGAAGCCCCAUCCGCGCCACGGUCUCCCGCAAUCAGCUUGUCAUUUGCGCCACACAUGUUGUGUGUGAUUUAACUUCGUUCAAUGUGAUUUUGCGUGAGGCAGCCGCUGUGUACUACGGUCGCGAAUUGGAGCCCAUUAGGCGCGAGUACUUCGACAGCACGGUCUGGAACCAGCCUGUUGGCAAUGAUAAAUUAUCUUUUUGGAGUUCUUAUCUGAAGGGUCUUUCUUUCGAAGGUGCUCCGACUCCAGAUACUCCCACAAAGAAUCCAUCGUGCCGAUCAUACCGUGGAGAGUCGGUGUUCCAGAUGGUUCCGCCACCAUUAUACAAAAGGCUUCUCGCUAUUUCCUCCCUCAAAGGAACUACACUGCAUCAAUUCGGCUUGGCAGUUGUAGGUGUCGUCCUUCAGACUAUGUGUGGACGACAUGAUGUACUGCUCGGAUCUCCAUACAUGAAUCGCUCUGAUCCGAAAGACAUGGAAGUGGUUGGCUUGUUCCUUCAACCUUUGCCUGUUAGGAUUCUGCUGCGCGGAGCGGAUUCUACAACCGGGAACGCUCUUGAAGAAGUUCGAUCGUCGUCUCAGUCUGCGCUUGCAAACGCCCUUCCUUGGCCAUCGCUGCUGAAUCAUAUAGGGCUACCAUUUCCAAGUCACCUAAGUCUCACGCAAAGACAGCAACAACCUUUAUUCGACUGCGUGGUCACCUUCCACGACCAACGGACAUGUGGUAACGUUGAAAACCCCUUCCCUGUCAAGGGAGUGAAGCCAGUUCAGAUUUUCGCACAAGGCUCGAAGUUCUCAUGUCUAUUCGAAUGGCAGGUCGAUGACCGCGGCCUAAGCAUUCGAUAUGAGUACGACACCGAUGCCUUGCCAACCACAUUUAUCAACGUGGUCAGAAGCUUAGUACUUCGCUGUCUAGAGCAUAUGUUAGAUCCAAAGGUUUUGCUGCGCGAUUUACGGUCUGAGAUUGAUGAUUUGUUUGGGGCGGAAUGCCAGCGUCAAGGAUUGUUGAAAGCCGAUGCGCAGCGAUUGGGAAGGGCCUUUCUGAUGGGGGUGUAA